CUGAUUAGAUCCCUACAGAAAGGAACAGCCUGGAAGUCAGAAUGUUGCUGCGUCAACCACACUGUUCAGCUCGAAUUUGAUCGCUUUGAGUUCUUUUUUAGUUGUCUGAUUGUUCUAUGCCAACUCAUACAUGUAGGA